UGAUCCCUUCCCACGCUGUCGUGCCCCGGUCCCCAUCACGUCCCGUUCCCACCCCACACUCUCCCCAUCCCAUCUCCUCCCGAUCCUGAUCCCAUCUCGUCCUGAUAUCAUCCUCUCCCCUCUACAGGCUGUCCCCAUCUCUGUCCCCUCCAUGUUCUACCCUGUCCCUACGCUAUUCCCGUCCCCAUCCAAUUUUGAUCCCAUCCCCUCCUCAUGGCCUCUUCCCACCUCAUCCCACCCUGUCCCCACCCCAUCCAAUUUUGAUCCCAUCCGCUCCCCAUCACAUCCCACCCUCUCCCCAUCCCAUUCCACUCCCAUCCCCUGUUGUUCCCAUCCCAUCCUACCCUGAUCCCAUCCUCUCCACCACAUCCCAUCCCAAACCCCCAUCCCGAUGCUAUCUCACAUACGUGCCUUGUGCCACACCAUCUUGAUUCCAUGCCACAUUGUCCCCACCUUACCUCGUCCUGCCCCCCAUCCUGAUCCCAUCCCACCCUGAUCUCCUGCUCUCAUCCCCCAGCUCCCUGCCCUAGGGGGGGAUCCCCCAAUCUCCCUGCUCCCCGGGAGAGGCAGGCCUGGUACCCCCUCCCCAGCACACCACCCUCCCACCCCACCAGCUGCAGCUGGGAUGGCUGCCUCAUCCCGCCCACCUGUGGCCACUUAAGAGCCAGGGCAGCUCAGGGGAGCCUGUGCUAGCCAGGAUGGCUACGGGGGAGCAGGUGAGUGCUCUCCCUGUGGGCUGGACCUGGCAGCAGAGUCUAGGCAGCCCUGCUGUCUCCUUGGGGCUCCCAGCUGUGGGAUCUGUGUCAUCGGGGGGGGGGCUGGGGGGCUGCAGGCUCCCUGAUGGAGUGCCUGUGGGGCUCCUCGGGGCUGUCCCUCCUUCCCCAGAGGAGGCAAGAUGAGCGGCGUCAGCGGCAGAGGGCUCAGCAGCGAGAACUGCUCCUGGCAGAAAGCCUGGGCAAGCACCCUCUGCAAAACAGGUGGGCACUGUGGUUCUUCAAGAAUGACAAGAGCAAGAUGUGGCAGGCAAACCUGCGUCUCGUCACCAAGUUCAGCACUGUAGAGGACUUCUGGGCGCUGUACAACCACAUCCAGCUUGCCAGCAAGCUCACAUCUGGCUGUGACUACUCCCUCUUCAAGGACGGCAUUGAGCCCAUGUGGGAGGACAGCCAGAACAAGCGUGGCGGGCGCUGGCUCAUCACCCUGGCCAAGCAGCAGCGGCACACCGAGCUGGACCGUUUCUGGCUGGAGACGUUGCUGUGCCUCAUUGGAGAGAUGUUUGACGAGUACAGCGAUGAGGUGUGCGGAGCAGUCAUCAACAUCCGUGCCAAGGGGGACAAGAUAGCCAUUUGGACUCGGGAAGCAGAGAACCGGGAAGGGGUCACCCACAUCGGGCGUGUCUACAAGGAGCACCUGGGCUUGUCACAGAAGGUGUCCAUCGGAUACCAGGCCCAUGCAGACACAGCCACCAAGAGCAGUUCCCUCACAAAGACCAAGUUUGUGGUGUGACUGUGGGGGGAGCAGGGCACUGCCCACAGGGUCCUCCUGUCCUAUUCCACAAUGAAUGCCUGCAGCU